GGGAAGGAGAAAGGAAAUAGCAUGUCUACAGUGACUGUGAAGGAGAAAGGAGCUAUGUGUAGUAGAAAGGAUUAUAUGAGGAUUCUACAACUCUAUAAAUCAGCUCUCCAACCACAAACACAAGAUGUGACUCCUGACCUGAAGAUGAGACGUAAGACUGUUUAUUACAGCAGCAACACGAACAAUGAACUGGGGAGAAGCCAGCAGGUGGCAAUACUGCGGGGGAAAUGUCUGAUUAAAAAAAGGUCAGAGAUUAUGGAGAUGGACAAGGCCAUUGCAGCAAAGCGGCAACAUGUGAAGGAACUUGAACAAAUCCAUGAGGCGGAGAAAAACAGCUAUGAAGAGAAGCUCAAGAUGCUUGAAUCCAUGGAUGACAGAAAACAUUUUGAAACAGAGUCCAAACAGGGGCUAAAAGUAGCCAAAGAGAAGUUAAUUGGUGAAGUAGGGACCAUGAAAAGUGAAGUCGCCAAGAAUGAUGAUUUCCUGGAAAAAUAUAAGUGGUACAAGAACAUUCUGUUCAAGAUGUCACCUCCUGAGUGGCAGGAGGCCAAGAAGGCAAAUGCUUUGAAUGCUAAAGUCCUGUCUGGCAGAAAAGCUCAGGAUGAACAGAACAGGGAGCCUCAAAGAGGUUUGGAGUCCAGUCCAGAUACAAGGACUUCCACCAGAGAGCCCACGCUGUCCUCAGCCCACGACACACUGGUGACACAUUCUAAACUGGACAGUGUCAGCUCGGAAUCUGAGGAGAGGCUGGAGCUAUACUUCUCUGAUGCCGAGCAGAUACUUGAUGGAAUAAGGAGGUUUGAACAAGAGGUCUGGACCCUGAAUCAGCACACUACAAAGUUUGAUGAUGUACUGGACACCAGACGGCGCACCAUCGAGGCAACCUUGUUGAAACUUAAAGAGCAAGAGGAAAAGCUAACAUUGCAGGUAAGUGACAUGAAGGACAAAAUAGACAGAGAGAAGAAAAGAGGAGCCAUGCUGAAAGACUGGGUUCAGCUCUAUGACUCCACAUCAGACGAGGAUACUACAAGGGAUGUUUUGAAUGCGAAAGUGGCAGAAGUGUAUCGCUGCUGUGUGGAUAGCUGUUUUCCACACUUCACCAGGGAGAAUAUGAUCGGAAUUGAGGCAUAUGUGGCGUCAUUGGCAACAGAACUGGGCAGCAUCCCUACAGAACAAUUGAAGAAAAUGAAAAAGGCCCAGCGCAAUGACAGAAUGAAGAAGCUGAAUGACGAAAAUAUGAAGAUGCUGCAGGACAAACAGGAAGAAAGGAAUGAAAGGUGCAGGCAAAGAGCCCUGGCUGUCACCAAGAAAUUGUGUGUAAGAAAGCUCAUGACCAGACAAAAGCCUUUUAAGAAGCGUGUUGAGCCGAAGAUCUGUCCUGACGAGGAUGAAUUCUCUGCCUCCCUCUUCACUGAGGAUGUAGACAGUAUGGCCUCAUUUUGCCAGCCCAAGGACAAAACGAAGACCAGGCAGGAUUCUCUGCAAGAGUUUUCCAGAGCAGAGGAUAAACUUGAGUACUCCACAAAAGAAGCACCAGUAGGGCUGCCCUGUCUCCCUGCUGGGAUGGAAGCGUCCCACUACCAUGCUAAAGGUACAGGAGAACCAUUCCCCAGAAACGGCACUGGUCAAAUCCGGGCCAUCAAGCCAUACUUGCAGCGCAACAAGCUGCAGCUAGCUUGCAAGGACAACAGUAAGAUCGUUCUGCAACCAACUUGCCGCACACCUAUUUCCACUGGUCAGACCUGGGCCAAAGAGCCUUACUUGGGAAACAACAAGCUGCUACGUUUCCUCUCUCCCUACGUUUAAAUGUCUUCUUCUAGGUUUACUCCAGGCGCUCCGGUUUCCUCCCACACACAUAUAGUCAGGUUCUGUUGAUCAGACCUUUCUGUGAGGAAUUCAAGUUCUCCCCAUGUGUGGGUUUACUCCGGGUGCUCCGGUUUCCCCCCACAGUCUAACAAUGUUAGGUUAAGGUAAUUGGCAAAAUAAAAUGUGUACUCAAACCUGGGCCACCAAGCCUUACUUGGAGUGCAACAA